AUGGCGCAGGACUUGAAGAGCUGGCGGCAGCAGCCCCAACGCGCCACGCGUGUGCUGACAGAAGCCUCCAGCGCUGCAGAUGCCACAGCACUGCUAAAGCAGAUGCAUGCUGCAGAGGUGGAGAUCAACGCCUUUCACUACUGCGCCACCAUGAGCGUGUGCACGAAGACUUCCCAGUGGCCCUGGGCCUUGCAGCAUUUCUCGCUGGGAGCCUCCAGCGAUGUGUUUUUGGCCAAUGCCGCGCUGAGCGCCUUCGCAGCCAGUGGCCGUUGGGCCGCCGCCCUGCAGUUGCUCAGCUCCUUGAAGACCGUGGUACGACUGGACAUCGUGAGUUUCAACGCUUUGGGAAGUUGUCACUGGCGCUGUGCCUUAGACCUGCCAGAUGGAGAUCUGACGCCCACGGCAGUAACCUUCAACUGCUCCAUGGCAGGUCAACGCUGGCCUUUGGCGCUGCAAACCUUUGGCGCGAUGUGUCGGCUGCGGUGCAGCAACGAAGCGACGCCCACAACAGUCAUCAGCAGCUUUCAUGCAGACGAAGCAGCCAACAUGGAAAAAAUGCCGCCCGGCCACAGGCAAGCCUGGCAAGCGGCAUUUUGCCGAACUUGGCUGCCUGAUUGGAUGAAAGGUUACAACGCUGCUUUGAGCCUUUGUGAAACCUGGCGCCGUUGGGAUUUGGCUAUCGCCUUGCUGCAUCCCAUGGCGGAUGUGGUGAGUUUCAGCAGUGUCAUCAGCACGUGUGAGAAGGCUGGGCGCUGGCAGCUGACCUUGCUGAUUUUGGACAUGAUGAGAUGCCAAAAGGUCAGAGCCAACAACUUCAGCUACAAUGCGGCUGCGCUGCAACUCAAUCCCUUGGCUCAGCUGGAACUGCAUAGAUCCAAACGGCGCCAUGGCCUACGUGGACCUGAGUGUCCCAACUGCAGCAUUCACCCAGCCAUACAAAGAAGCCCUGAAGGAGCGGGGAGAUUCGGGCGCCUCUGCCCAUAUGCGGAUGCGAAUAAGGAGCGAGUCACCGCAUUCACGCUAGAAGAGCUCGACCGUGCACUGCCACCUCCGCCCGUGCAGUACCAAGUUAUUUGCCUCAACAGUCAAGAUGGCGCCAUUGUGGGCAGCAGCAUGGCGGGCUCGGAGGUCUUUGUGAUUGAGAAACAUCGCAUUGACAGCAGCCUCACGGCUGCCAAGCUGCUGGAGCUCAUCGCAGAGAUCUUGUGUCAAGACAUCGGCAACUUGACGCUUCUGCGCGGGGACCAUGCACUUGCCAACAAAGCUUGCAUCGCGCUUGAGGAGGUGAGCUCCGUCACCUUACGCGAAGCCCUGCAGUGCGAUGCACCUCUGCUGUGUCGCCUGCUGCCGCCCAACGCCUUGCGCCGGGUCGAACCACGCCUAGGAGAAGGCAGCGUCGAGAUCGAUUAUGAGCGACUGCCCAAGGAUGAAACCAUCCAAUCCAUCAAGGAGGAGCGUCGCUAUGUCACCCGUACGGAAGACUGCUGGAUGGUGUACACCAGCAAAGAGGUGAUUUCCUACCGGGUGUGCCGUAAUGGCCGCAACGAGAUCCUGAAGCCCAUUGGUUACUUUCCAGCUGCACCGUGCUGGAGAUUGCCGGUGGGAACUCGUCGCUGGGGCAGCUGCGACGUUUGGAGCACUCAGCUGGAGCUGCCCGUCCGACAACUCCUGGACCAGCAUGCAGCAAAGACCAACGACCGGCCCAUUCCAAGAUAUCAAAUGAUCGUGGAUCCCAACCAAUUUGUGGAUGAAACCGAUGCCGGACCUGUUUGGGUCCCCUGCGAGUUCGACGUAUGGAGCACACAGCGGGUGACACUGGUUGGAGGCGAUCGAAGUCAUCUUGAGCCGCACCUGGCGGAGGAGGUGGCCCGACCGGUCCUGGCCGCUGCCCUGCCAUUGUUGGCCAAGUUGCGGCGUCCGCAGCUGCUGCUGGAGGAUCGACGGCUGCAGGUGGUCUUCAAGGCCCAGCGCAUCAUUGUCCCGGGUUCCACGGGUUCUGGCUCUGACUCGGAGUACGUGGGUUUGUGGCAUGUGGAUGGUCACAGGGAGCACGUGGCUGCCGUGGUCCUGUACUACUACCACGUGGAUAAAUCGUUGCAUGGUGGAGAUAUGGAGUUCUGUGGCCGUGAACCCAUGGACAUUUUGGGUUGGGGCGACUGCAGCAACAACUACCGAUCCUUCGGCCGCGAGUCGCUGCGUAGCGCCCUGCGGGGUGACGCGCGCGACCCUCCGAAGCUGGCCAACUGCCGAGUGCCCAUCAGUGAAGGCACCUUAUUGGUUUUCUCUAACUGCCAAAUGGCCCACCGUGUGCUGCGCAUGUGGAACGACAGUGGUCGUGAAGCCUCCCGCGAUUUCGUGGCUCUUUUCAUUCUGGAUCCAGCCUUUCCUCCCUUGAAACCUGCACAACAAGUCCUGAGCAAAGGCUAUGCCACAGCUCGUGCAUUGAGACUCGGGGGCUUGAAACCAGCACCAGUUCAACUUAUCCAGGAGUUCCUGGGUCAUCUUCCCAGCCUUCGGGCCCGGAGACGUCGACGUGUGGAGAUGUUGAAGGAACAGCUGGAGCCCAGCGGCGAAGUCUGCGGCGGCUCACAGGUGAGGGCCACUGGCAACGGCUGCUACACCAUGGUCGGAUGGCUCCAUAAACUGCUGGACGCCAACGAAGAUUUUAGUCGGUUCGAUGACUGGGACGGGGAGAAGUAUAUCAAAGGCCUCAACGUGUCCCCGAGCUGCGACCGUGGCAUGUCCGAAGUGUUUUCCUUGGAAACGGGCGAGUUGGAAUGGAGACUUGAAUGGCAAGAGACACUGCAUCAGGAAGCCAUGAGUGCAUGCGGCAAACACAGUGCCUGGUCCAAAGCCUUGGAACUCUUCGAGGAAAUGAUCCGCUUUCAGAUCCAAGAGGAUGUGGUCAGCUACAAUGCCCUGCUUGAAGCUCUGGUCGAGGGCCAGACUGAUGGCAGACUUGAAGGACCUUCAGUGGCUUUGUUGCUGACAUCCAUGACUGAGGCGCUGGUGCUGCCGAAUCUCGUCACCUACAGCACUGCUCUGAUGGGCUUCGAGAAGGAUGGCCGCUGGGAAGAGGGGCUGCACCUGCUGCGGCUGAUGCGGAUGAAGCUGAUUGAACUUGACAUCAUCAGCUACAACUCAGCGAUGAGCGCCUGCAAGGUAGCAAGCCAGUGGCAAACGGCUUGGCAGUUGCUGAGAUCCAUCGCCACCACAGCUACCAGCGCUACCAGCAUCAGCUUCUGCACUCUGUGUGCUGCCUGCGAGCGCCAGUGGCGGUUCUCCAUUGAAGCCCUGCACUGGGCAGAGGAUACCACCGGGGCCACGGUUCCAAUGGCAGCCUCUGCGCUGUUGGCUUGUGAGCGUGCCGCCGUGGUGCAGCCAACUGUGGCCUUGAUCCACUCACUCGGCCAGGAUGCGCUUCAAGACUUUCCCCAUGCUGGCAUGAAGGUCACCCUGCAAACCUAG